AUGACGUCACUCGCCGCCGCCGCGGACGCCGCCCCCGGCUCCCCCACCGCCGCCGCCGCCGCGGCCGCAGCCGCGGCGGCCGUGCCGCGUGCGGCGCGCGCGCUGCUGCUCGGCGGCAGCGACAGCAGCAGCGCCGGCAGCAAAGACGAGGGCGGCGGCGGCGGCGGGCCGUAUCUGGUUGCUGUGCCGCCCUCCUUGUUUAAGGAGGUGUUUGAGGGGCGGCUGCCAGAGGCAAUCGGGGGCCGCGAGUUCCUGGAGCGGUGGGGGGGCCACGGCGAUGACGUCACCAGGGUCGACCCGGAGGCGCGCUAUGCCGUGCGCACCCCCACCGGCCACCCCAUCCACGAGCACGCGCGCGUGGCCCAGUUCAAGGCCCUCCUCGACGCCCGCGACCAGGCCAACGACGCCGCCGCGUCCGCCAAGCUCGCCCUCGCGCGCGCCGCCGCCCCCGAAAACGGCGGCGGGGGCGCCGACGGCGGCAGCGACGGCCGGGGCAAGGGGGAGUCCGCGGGGGAGGGGACAGGGGCGGGGGUUGCCAAGGUGGCGGAUGCGGCGUUGCCGGGGCCGCUCGAGCUGCUCGGAGAGCUGAUGUAUCAGUCUCACUCGAGUUACGGCGCCUGCGGUUUGGGGUCCGACGGCACCAACCGCUUAGUCAACUUGGUCAGGAACCACGUGGCCGAGGCGCAGGCCGCGGGGCGCCCGGCGGCGCUGAUGGGCGCGAAGAUCACGGGCGGGGGGUCGGGGGGCGUGGUCUGCGUGCUGGGCCUCGCGGGGGGCGCGGGGGAGGCCGCGGUCGCUGCCGUGGCGGCGGCGUACGCGCGGGAGACGGGGCACGUCCCGGCGGUGUUCGCGGGGAGCAGCGUCGGGGCGUGCCGGCUGGGGGCGCUGCGGCUGCGGCGGAGGGGGGGCGGCGGCGCGGCCGCGGCGCCGUGA